AUGACUUCAUUUACGAUUUUUACGGAAACAGAACAACAAUUGAAUCGAGACAUCGAUUACCAUGGUCCAAGACGGCAAGCAUCCUUGAUCCGCCCUGAGCGUGAGCGCAUUGAUCCCAAUCACCGGCAUUAUCAUACUCGCAUGCAUGCAGCAGCCAUGGAAGAACAACAACAACAACCACAUACGCUUCGUCAACCUCACCAUGUGAUUGAUACACCUUCAACAGCAUUCGAUCGUUUUUCGCCAACUCGACGUUCAGUCAUUCGACGAGAUCUCCUUACAAAUGCAUCGAAUGAAAAAUUGCAAUAUGAAGAACCAGCCCCUUCGGAGAAGCCAAGUCGUAUGCCAGAUUUUUGGAAGAUGUACUGCUAUGCAAUCACAUGUUGCUUCCCGCCAUUUGUGUUACGCUGCUUGGGCAAGAAAGACAAGGCUGCACAAUAUGCAUUUAGAGAGAAGAUGGGUCUUGUGGGAUUCGUAUUAUGCAUCAUGGCAUUUGUGGGUUUCCUUACCUUUGGUUUCACGCAAGCAGUUUGUCCACGACCUCCGCUUAGUUUUCGCCUUGACCAAAUCAACAAUGGAUACGUUAUCAUCAAUGGUUGGGCGUACAUGCUAGCAUCAUGGAACGGGCAUCCACCUAUCAAUGGUCAAACUGAUGAAGUCACCAACCCCGUUUAUCCACCUAUUGAUGCAGGUGGUAAAGAUGCAUCGUUUUUAUUUCAAGAGAGCACCAUUUGCAAAGAUGUGAUUACACCAAAGACGGCCCUUGCAAGUGAUGCUCAAGAUAUACUUUUCCCAUGUCAAUUGUUUGAUCCCAAGAAUGGCAACAGCGUGCCUGAUAGUGCCAUGUAUACCAAUCAAACGGGGUGCCAUAAGAGCCAACAAGCUCGCUCCAUGUUUGCAUCCAUGCAGGUGAAUGGCGUUCCCAAGUCUGAAGGUGGCUAUGACAAGGCUGGUCGUGUGUAUUAUGAAUGGCAGGAUAUUGCAGCAUCAAGUCAUUUAGCUGUGUACAACAGCCAGGUGAUCAACUUGAAUUUAUUGCAUGCAUUGCCAUUGGAUAAAUUCAACAUCCCAUCAUCAGGGUUGAUGGCAGCUAUAUUGCAAAAUGCAGCACAAUUUGCUGGUCAAGAUUUGACACGCGUCGUUGCAUCUCAUCGAAACUCGGGCGGGCAAUGGCGUCAAGAAGCAAGUUGUCUAGCGGAUAUUGUCAAAGUUGGGGAGAUUGAUACACGUAGUGUUGGGUGCAUUGCAUCGGAUGUGGUAUUGUACAUGUCCUUGGUCGUCAUUCUUGGUGUCAUUCUCGUCAAAUUUGUAUUGGCUGUAGCCUUUGGAUGGUGCUUAUCGUGGAAGCUUGGCAAUUUUAAAGAAGGUCAAUCAUACAAAGAACGUAUGCGUCGUGAUGAAGAGAUUGAAAAUUGGACAUCUGAAAUCCAUCGACCAGCUGAAGCUAUUCGACCCUACUACAACAAUACAACAACACGCACACGACGUAAAUCAAUCAUGCCACGCACAUCACGCUUCACUCAACCUGAUCCUGGGUCGACGCACUUUGGUGUCAAUCCCAUUGAUAGACCUGUCAGUACUAUUUGGAGAAACUCUCAUAGCUCUCGUGUUCUUUCUCCACUCGUUGCUGGUAGUGAUCCUUCUUUAAGACGACCCAGUGACACCACUUCUCGACGCUCUUCUUAUUCUUCUUCCUCCGGCAACACCAAUUCCACAGUCGCUGUAUGCCCAUUCCCCAUCUCGCGCCAUGCUGUUCGCCAACCCAAGGCCGAUUACAUGCCAUUUGGUUUCCAAUUAGCACACACCAUUUGUUUGGUCACUUGUUACUCUGAAGGCGUCGAUGGUCUUCGCACGACACUCGAUUCUAUUGCCACCACCGAUUAUCCCAACUCGCACAAGUUGAUAUUGGUUAUUGCUGAUGGAAUGAUUACGGGUCAUGGCAAUGACCUAUCAACGCCUGAUAUCUGCGUAUCCAUGAUGGAGAACUUUUUGAUACCACCCGACAGCGUCGAGCCCCAUUCAUAUGUUGCCAUUGCCGAUGGUGCCAAACGACACAAUAUGGCCAAGGUGUAUGCUGGAUUCUACAAGUAUGACGAUAGCACGGUGGAUCCAUCACAGCAGAAGCGAGUACCCAUGAUCACUAUUGCAAAGUGUGGCACACCUGAAGAGGAGCAAGAUCGAAAGCCUGGCAAUCGUGGCAAGCGAGAUUCACAAGUUAUCCUCAUGUCGUUUCUUCAAAAGGUCAUGUUUGAUGAGCGAAUGACGACCCUCGAAUACGAGUUCUUCAACAACAUUUGGCGUGUCACAGGCGUAUCACCCGACAAGUAUGAGAUCGUGCUUAUGGUGGAUGCUGAUACCAAAGUGUACCCUGAUGCGCUCAGUCGACUGAUAUCAUGCGCUGUCAAGGAUCCUGAGAUUGCUGGUCUUUGUGGAGAAACCAAAAUUGGAAACAAGUGUCAAUCAUUCAUAUCAAUGAUACAAGUGUUUGAAUAUUAUAUAUCCCAUCACCAGAGCAAGGCAUUCGAAUCCAUCUUUGGCAAUGUGACAUGUCUACCAGGAUGUUUUUGUAUGUAUCGGAUCAAGGCUCCCAAAGGCAGCAACGGACAUUGGGUACCUAUUCUUGCCAAUCCCGACAUCAUUGAGCACUAUUCCGAGAACGUGGUUGACACGUUGCACAAAAAGAACCUUUUAUUACUUGGCGAGGAUCGUUACCUGUCAACGCUGAUGCUCAAAACAUUCCCUCGGCGCAAGAUGUUGUUUGUCCCCCAAGCCGUAUGCAAAACAGUGGUACCAGAUGAAUUCAAGGUGUUGCUUUCACAACGUCGUCGUUGGAUCAACUCAACUAUCCACAACUUGAUGGAGUUGCUACUUGUCUCCGAUUUGUGUGGCACUUUUUGCUUCUCAAUGCAGUUUGUGGUUUUCAUGGAACUUGUCGGCACACUUGCUCUUCCAGCAGCCAUCUCGUUUACGUUGUAUUUGAUCAUUCUCGCUAUUCUCGGCCAUCCAGCUGUCGUAUCUCUGAUCUUACUCGCCUUGAUUCUCGGCUUGCCGGCAGUGCUUAUUGUCAUGACGAGUCGCAAGAUCGUCUAUGUGGGAUGGAUGAUUAUUUAUCUCUUCUCAUUGCCCAUCUGGAACUUUGUAUUACCCACAUACGCUUAUUGGCAUUUCGAUGACUUUUCUUGGGGCGAGACACGCAAGGUUGAAGGCAGCGGCAAAGAUACUAAUCAUGGUGACAAGGAAGGCGAAUUUGACAGCUCAAAGAUUGUCAUGAGGAAAUGGAGCGAAUAUGAGCGUGCACGUAAAUAUCGAGCUGCCCAACAGCAACAACAGGGCCAUCACUUUCCAUCACGUCGAGGAACCAAGCUACGACCACACGAUGAGGAAUGGACGAUGGAGCCUUUGGUUUUACCUGAUACUCACCUACCCAUGCCAACCAUGGCUGAUGAUCAAGAUGAUGAUUGGCAUACAAGCGUUUUACAUUCUAUUGAGGCAUCGGCACAAAAUUCAUCAUCUCCACCACCAUCUCCACCACCAUUACCUUCUCCUCUAUCCGGCCUUGUGGAAGACCACCAGCAUGAUGAUGAUAGAAACGAGACUGAAGCCUCUAGCACUGUCAAUCACGAAUACGAUGAUGAUGAUGAUGAUGAUGAUGAUGACGCCAAUGACAAUGACACCACUCACGACAACAAUAACAGCAUUCACGAUAACAACAACAAUGACCAUCACAAUCAAGAUGAUCAACAUUCCCAUCAUCAACGACAGCACAAUUAG